CUAACAGGAAGUAACUGGAUUACGUUUUUGGUUGAGAGAGUAUGACAUAAACCCUAAUCCGUGUCAUGUACAUUUAAUUAUAGCGAUCAGAAGAGUAAACUACAACUUUGCUUUUCUGCGUUCUCGCUGUUAAUUUUUUCUUUUGUAAGACCAAUUGACAUGUGAUGAGGUGACAGCAAAGGAACCGCAAAAGUGCACUCUGGCACCGUACAUAACCUCAUGCUCUACAGGUGAAGACAACACACCAGCACAAGUGGUUUAACUUGGAUAGGCUACUGGUGGAUUGACACACACACAGAGGACAUGUGGUGGUUCCAGGAAGGUCUGUGUAUUCUACCAGUAGCUCUGGUAUUAUGGACGACAGCCACGUUCAUCUUCGAUUACAUCACAGCUGUGGUGCUGAGACAUGUGGACCCACUGGUGCCAUACAUCAGUGACACAGGGACAGUUGCCCCAGAGAGAUGUGUGUUUGGAAUCAUGCUGGAUGUGUCAGCCUUCCUAGGUGUAGCCACCGUGUAUGUACGCUACAAGCAGGUCCAAGCCUUGACAGACGAAGAGGAGUCAAAGCUCCAUAAACUCAACGUCUUGGGCCUGGUGCUGGGAUGGACCAGCUCCUUUGGCAUGUGCAUCGUCGCUAACUUCCAGAAAACUACUCUGUUCUUCAUGCACCUGGUGGGGGCGAUAUUGACGUUAGGUGUGGGAGCCCUGUACAUCCUGGUGCAGACACUGGUGUCGCUGUACAUGCAGCCUCACGUUCACGGGAAGAGUAUAUUCUGGGUCCGACUCAGCAUUGGAGUCUGGACCUUUGCCAGCAUUAUCAGCACAGUCUGCCUGGAGUGGACGUGGCCCAUAAACUGCACUGGAUACCUGGAGAGACGGUUAGUAGCCUUAUUCUGUGUGUGUGUGUGGUGUGUAACAGUUAUGUUUGUUGCAGGGCUACAUCCUCACAUCAUCAGUACCAUCUCUGAGUGGUCUCUGGCUCUGUCCUUCGUCAGUUACUUCCUCACCUACAUCCGAGACUUCCAGAAAAUAACGCUGCGGGCAGAGGCGGACCUAAGGAGUAAUCACAUGUAUGAUUCACCGCUCUACAGCAUCACCACACCUCUCAACCAAUCAGAGACCUCUCCACUGCUGGCGGAGGGCAUCUGAACAAGACCACUCCUAGUAGUGUGGUUGAGUCGAGCUGUAAAUGUCAACAUACUGAAUGGAAUAAAUUAGAUUAUAAUGCGGAUGUUUCGAGCCCUGAAUGCUGAAAGCCGUGGUAUAUUAGACCGUAUACCACGGGUAUGACCCAAAAACAUUUUGUGUUCUAAUUUAGUUGGUAACCAAUUUAGUUGGUAACCAAUAGCAAUAAGGCACCUCAGGGGUUUGUGGUAUAUGGCAAAUAUACCACAGCUAAGGGCUGUAUCCAGGCACUCUACGUUGCAUCACGCCUAAGAACAGCCCUUAGCCAUAGUAUAUUCGCCAUAUACCACACCUCAUCUGGCCUUAUUGCUUAAACAUAGAAUGCUGAGUGUGCAAGCACAAAGAUACUGCUGAUAAACCUAAUUCUUAGGUACAGUAGAAAUGCCACACACCAUUUUUAAACUGACAUGCCUUUUGAUGUCAACUGCACUAUUUUCACUGACAUUUGGUUCUUGUUAUGAGCGGUACAUAUUUGUAUUGGGCCUAAGGGCAUCAUCUGACAAAUGUCAUCUGUGGUGUGUUAAAGGUUUUUAUACCUUGUACUUUUUUUUAGUAUUCAGAACACAACUAUGCUAUUCUUAUCAACCACUGGAUGGUGCCAAAGAGCCAGCAACAUAUUUGGUUCUGCUUUCUUACAAGUCUAGCAACCCCGUCAACACAAAAAUAGAUAUGAGCAUUUGUUGCGUGAGCUUACGUUGAUUGUCUUUCAUGAGAAUUUAUAUUAUUAAGUGUUUUGAAGCAAGGCACUUGAACUAAUUAUCUAGAAGUAUAAUGAUGCAUUUACUCUACUUCACUUGUGCUUUGGAAUGCUAAGUUAUUGUGCUCUGGCUGUGAAGCCCUCAGUGUUAAUGUAGGAGAAUAAGGAAAUAAGUGUGUUUUAGAUUUGAUCAUUACUGAAUGGAUUGUAUUUUUUUUGUGCUUUUCUAUUUCUUCCCCAAUUAUGAUUUAAAUUACUUCCAUACAGACCCAUGAAAAAGUAAGUCAUCUCUAACAUUGAAUGGAUAAAAUAUAGGGGAUGUAAGCAGGUCUAAAAUUUUACUGAAUCUCUAUGAUUCUCUGAUUAUUCAUUUUGUUUCUACUAAAAGUGGAUUUUGUUGUAUAAAAAAAUGGCAGCUGGCUACUUGUAUUUGCACAACAAACACUUGUCUCAAAUACAUAAUUACAGUUGUUGGUUAGCUGGUGAAUUUUAGCCAUAAUAGCAUUGAUAUGAAUUCAGUCAAAACACUUCAAAACAAACAUGGUAUCAAGAACAAGAUGAAAUGAGUCACAAUUCCCCACAUGGUAGUUUCUUGUCAUUGUUGGUGGCCAUCUGGCCAUCCAGAAUUACAACUCAUGGACUGCUGCCCCAUUGAACUGUGAGGAUCUUUUGUGUGACGUUGUCAGCUAACUCAUGGACUGCUGCCCCAUUGAACUGUGAGGAUCAUUUGUGUGACGUUGUCAGCUAACUCAUGGACUGCUGCCCCAUUGAACUGUGAGGAUCUUUUGUGUGACGUUGUCAGCUAGCUCUGGUUAUUCAUUUGUUUUCUACUAAAAUGUUUAUUUUUGUUAUAUAAAAAAUGGCAGCUGUAGCCACCUGUUUCUAUGACCACACUGGAGGUGUGUGGAAGAGGUAUUGCCAUCAUUGCUGUUCACUGACAGGGAAAUAUUUUAGGCAAAUCUAAUGUUCCAUGUUUCCUAAUAAAUGGUCACAUCUGCAGUAACUACAUAGGAGCUUUAAUUGUCUUGUCUCCAUUCUCAGGAAUGGCAUGCGUCAUACGUUCACUGUUGUAUAUGAAGGCUUUAUAACGGAAUAAAAACCUUUUACUUGUAUCUA